GAGGAUAAGAUAUUUAUGCGGUUAAGAUGGAGUUAUGACCGUCUAAGAAGUCCAGAGAUCCAACAAUGUUUUCUGUAUUGCUCCUUGUUCCGGGAAGAUUAUGAGUUUUCUAGAAAGGAGUUGAUUGAAGAUUGGAUUGAUGAAGGAUUGAUUAAUGAGUCGGGAAGCAGACAAAAAGCUUAUGAUAAGGGCCAUUGUAUUUUAAAUAGACUUGAAAGGAACUACCUGUUAGAGAAAAUUGUUAAGUCUGAAGUUAGGUUUAAGAUGCAUGAUGUAGUAAGAGACAUGGCUAUCAAAAGCAUUGGUCCUGAAGUUAGAUAUAUGGUCAAAGCUGGUAUGAAAUUGACAAAGGUACCAAAUGAGCAUGACUGGGCAAUUGAUCUUAACAAGGUGUCUCUAAUGGCCAAUUACAUUUCAGAAAUUCCUGUUGGUUUCAAUCCAAAGUGUCCGUCUCUGUCAACUUUGAUAUUGGCAGGUAAUCGUAAUUUGUCAAAGAUUCCGAGUUCCUUCUUUGAAGGUAUGGUCGGACUUAAGGUUCUUGAUCUUUCUGGUACUGGUGUUGAAGCUUUACCUGAUUCCAUCUCUAACUUGGUGAAUCUCUCUGCACUGCGGUUGAGGGAGUGCCAGAGGUUAAAGUACUUGCCUUCCUUAGCAAAGCUCAGGGCAUUGAAGAAGUUGGAUCUGUUUGGGGCAGGGAUAGAGGUGGUUCCUCAAGGCAUGGAGAUGUUGGUAAGUCUUGAAUAUCUUGAUUUAAAUUGUCAAAAUCUGAAAGAGAUUCCAACGGGAAUAUUACCUAGCCUUUCCAGUCUCCAGUACUUGGUUGUAUAUCCAAGCAGCGGAAUUACUAAAAGGAAACACAUAGAAGAGGUUGCUAGAUUGAGCAAGUUGGAGAGUUUGGAAUGUGGAAAGAAGGGCAUACAAGACUUCAACUAUCUUGUCAAUAAGGCUAAAGAUUUUGAAAGUCUUACGGCUUAUGAUCUUCGACUGACAACAGGUGAAAGAAACAUCAGAGAUUGGGAAUAUGCUGAUGAACAUCGUAAGGUUUUAAUUGCUGGGUGUGAGAUUGGAGAAGAAUGCAUAGUGCUUCCAGAUAAGCUUGAGGUUUUGAAGAUCCAUACUUGUAAAACCAUGAAAAACAUGAGAAGCAGCUUAAACAAAACAGUUUUGUUAGAAAAUGCAACCGAGUUGAGAAGAUGUUCUAUUGCUUAUUCUGGAGGGAUAGAGUGCUUGGUUGAGUUAGACUCCUCAUCCUUGUGUUGUCCAGUACUAGAUAAGCUGGUAGAGUUGAAGCUUUCCAAUUUGCCUGACUUGAUUGUACUUGUGAGAGUGGAAGGAGUAGCUACACCACCGCACAUCUUUCGAAAUCUUAGAGAGCUUGAUUUCUCGGAAUGUUUGGGAAUGAGGAAGUUGCUUCCACUUGAGCUACUACAUGCCCUCCAAAACUUAGAGGUGAUUAGAGUUGACAACUGCAGACAAAUGGAGGAGAUAAUAGUAUCUUCAGAUUCAGAUGAUACAUCAUCGGAUAAAUUCAUUUUUCCCAAGUUAAAGGAAUUGAGAUUGUCAUUCUUACCCGAAUUGAAGAGCAUCUGCAGUGCCAAAGGAGUUAUGGUUUGUGAUUCUAUUGAAGUUAUUAGUUUAGUUUAUUGUUCGGAAUUAAAGAGGAUCCCUUUACAGCUUCCUCUGCUUGAAAAUGGCGAGCCAUCUCCUCCUCCGGGUCUCAAAGAACUCGUGAUGGAUGCAAAAUCAAAAAAAUGGUGGGAGUCAGUGGUUGAGUUGGAUCAACCUAACGCUAAGAACAUACUCCAACCUUUCGUGGAAUUUCGCAGAUGGGGAAUUUGGCCAACAAAGCCACGUGCCAAUAAAACCCCUUCUUUCAGUACUCCACAACGGGAACAAAGCCAAAAAUGCGUCUGAUGUGGGAAGCCUAUGUAUUGUGGAGGAGAUGAGAUUGAGAUGCAUCCACACUUCAUCCUCUGCUCUAUCGUGUUAUCUCAUAAACUCCAACUAUGAUCUUUUCUCAAGCAAAGGCAACUUCUCUUAUCGGAACAGCAAAGCAAAAGAAAGGGGGACUGGACUCACCCACUGCCAAUAGUCUUUGAUUUCAUUGACAAUAAUGUUUGAUUUUUUUUUUUACCAGUUUAUGUGUUUUUUUAAUUGUAUUGGAUGAACUUUGUUUUGUUUCUUUUGGUAAUUUGUUUGUGUUGUAAGUUGUUAAGCAGGUCAUGUUAUGGGAUUUCUACUCUUGUUUCUUUGCUCAGUUCAGGCGUAGAGUGUUCAAGGAUGCAUUGCAAAGUAUUAUGAGCUGUGCAUUCUGGAGUGCUGAAUUUUAGUUGCUGAACAGGAAACAAUCUUUGUAGAUUGAAUUGAAGUGAACAACAAAGGGAGUUCCUGUCUAGGAAUCACUGUAGCAGAAAAGAACUCAGCUCUCAUAAGCCCUAAGUAGUAAAUUUUUUACUAAGAAUUUUAUUUUUCAUUAGUGCUUUAUACUGUUUUUCAUUAUUUCUGUGAAUGUAUGGCUGGAAUUGAGCCCUUUUGAAUUUCAAAUUUUGGCACAAUCAGUUGGCAUUUGGCAAGAUGAGAUCCAUGCUCUGUCCCUUAUGAACUCCAAGUGGAAAGUUUCUUUUUCGCUAUCUCCACUUUCUAUCCU